CCACGGUGGCGAUCCUGUACGGAGUUCAAAUCAUGAAUGCGAACAAAGGAAGUCCAUCCAAUUCUCAUAGCGUCACUUCCAAAAUCCUCUUCAACGUCUCCCUUCAAUACAUAUCACUUCUCAAUACCUCACUGAUCAGAGAACCUCAUCGCAGAGUACUAAUGUCUGCUUCAAGCAUAAACACUACUGAACAUGGAUCUUCGGUUGUCCCUCCCUCAGGUCGGUGGAGGCUUCUACAUAUCGGCGUUGCUGAUCUCCUAAUAGCCAAAAGACUAACGGUUUUGGUCACAUCCGACGUCAGGGGAGAUACCAAAAGGCUGAUUGCGAAGUUCUCGGGGACCGGGAAGGGCAAGUCUGAGCUGUAUCUCGCAAGCCAGGGCUUCAAGUCAGAAAAGUUCAAGAGCUUUGGAAAGGACUAUCCCUUUUCCAGACUUCUCCAGACUGUGGACAAAUUUCGCGACAUAGCUCAGGCACAGAAUGUGCAACCGGGUUAUUCUUUCUUGGACGCGGCCGGGAAUAUCAGCACGUUGAUCGACCCAAGAACUUGGCUGUUUUGCCCUCUGGACAGCGACCAGAACCCGUACACUAUCACAUUCUCUGAAGUGACAAGAAACGAAGCAGCCAGGCUACAAAGUGGGCCCCCCACAGAGCGCGACACAGGAGUUUCAGCUGUAACUCAUCUCAGCCCAGCGUCAGCUCAGCAGAGAACCAAUGACGAGGCAGUCAGUGUACAUGACCAGGUCUCGGAACCAACAGAUACAAUUUCGGAGCCAGCCGACGAACCAGGUGGAAAGGACAGUGACUACUUGGACGAUGGCCCGGGGGAAGACGAUGAUGAUUUUUUGGAAGACAGCGAUGGCUUAUCCUCGGAUGAGGCGAGCGGAGAGGCGGAGGACGAAGACAAGGAGGACUUGAAGAGAUCUCGUCGAUUGACGCGGACGGCUCAAGGCAAACGGAAACGCUCUCUGGUGUCUUCGCCUACUGAUAGUGAGUCAUCACUGCCUUCUGGACAUGACGUUAUCGUGCGAGGAUCUCGGGGGGACACAGACCAUUCAGAUAGCGAGCUGUCGGACCCUCCAGAGUCUCCAUACAAUCCGGCUUGAUCCACCGCGCUGCGAACGGCAUCCAUCCCCCUCUUCUUGUGUUAUCAAAGUC